UAACCGAAUGGAAAACCGACUUAACGAUAUUAGGACCUACGUGCAAAGACUGGCAGCCGUUCUCGAUCCUGGAGAACUUAUACUCUUAGACUGCGAUCAAGUAACUCUUCAAGUGGCUGACCAAGAAGUCUCCGAAAAUAUUGUUAUACCUGAAAGAAAGAC